AGGCUCACCUGAGCAGAAGCAGUUUUGCAGGCAUGAGAAAUCACAGUGAGAGCAACGCUGUAAGUUAAUAGAUAAUCGAUAUAUUGAACUAAGAUGUUAAUAGUGAUCCUGUUAGAGGUAACGUCGGUAGAUAAUGUUUAUGCUUUCGUUAGUUAAAGAGUCGCGGAUAGUUUGCAUGGAAGUGUAUUUAAAGUAGUCAAUGGAGCAGGUAAACUCUCCCUGUAUACUGCACCUUAGUGUAAUGUAGUUAUAGUCACCUUUGCAAGUAUUUACACUUGAAAUGUGAUAUUAAGGAAGGAACAAAUACUGUAUCAAUCUUGUAUUGUUUUAUCAACAGUUUUCACCAUAUGUUAAUGUGAAGAGUGAACAGUAAAUGGUUAAUCUUACUGCGAUCUGGUUCUUAUUAACUGUGGUUUAUCCGGACGUUAAAUUCGGCGUUUCGUUACACCCGAAGGAGAACGUGACAGUGAAAAAGCGGCAUUAUCAGGUGUUUCAAGUGCUGCAAUGUCAGCUCAAUCCAGCAUCAAGUCGACGCCGCCCAGCGACAAGGGCAGUAAACCGACAUCAAGUAAGCCCACCCAGGCGUUAUCAGGUGUUCCAAGUGCUGCAAUGUCAGCUCGAUCCGGGAUCAAGUCGAUGGCGCCCAGCGACAAGGGCAGUAGAACGACAUCAAGAAAGUCCACACAGGCAAGAGCCAAGGCAGAAGCCGCCAAGGUGCGACUGCAUUACGCCAAACAAGAAGCAGUUUUGAAAAUGAAACUGGCCACCAGAGAAGCCGAAAUCCAGAAAGAAAAGGCUGCCAGAGAAGCCGAAAGGGCCGCCAGAAAGGCAGAAGCCGCCAAGGUGCUACUGCGUUACGCCAGACAAGAAGCAGUUUUGAAAAUGAAACUGGCCACCAAAGAAGCCGAAAUCCAGAAAGAAAAGGCUGCCAGAGAAGAGGCUGCCAGAGAAGCCGAAGAGGCUGCCAGACAAAGAGAAGAGGCCGCCAGAGAAGCCGAAAUCCAGUUGGAAAUGGCAAAAAUAUCGACAGAGUUGCAAGUGCUGCAGCUAGAAAGAGAAGAAGCCGCUGCCAUGGCGGAAGCAAAGUACAUAGAAGAAGCUGAAGGGUCGCGUGAUCUGACCGCAGCAAGAUCUACUUUAGAAAGGACCAGACUGGAACGCACAAGCGACUAUGUACAAUCUCAAAUAGACAGGCAGGCUCGUCUCCCCUCUCCAUACGUAUUCGAUAACUUCCCCAGCUACGAGGAACCUCAGAGAGUCACGAUUGCAUCACAUCCAUACGAGGAAGGAAAUUUACCCUCACGGCUCCGUGAUGAAGUCAAGAAUGAAAGAACCGACAACGCUCCUUCACCCCCACAACAGGACGGCGGGGAGGGAGAGGUUCACUCCAGGACAACAAUUGUCAGCUCGAACUGUACAGAAGUUUGCGGUCAAACUCAGUCAAGCCGUUCUUGUUCCGAGAUCUGCCUCACUGAGGUGUACCCUAAAGAAGCACAACAAGACAUUACCAAGCGUAAAGUAACCGACGAGACGCUAGGUCAGUCAGUUUUCGUUCAAACCGAGCACGGAAACAAACUUGCACAAUCAGCUCAAGAUACCAUUUCUUUAAAACCCAAAGACACCAAGGUCUUCAGAGAUGAAGCAAAUAAUGGGGUUGCCCCAUUGCCAAUCAGAGAACCACGCCAGCGCUCACCAGAUAACAAAGAGCAGGCAGUCAAACGGUUCACGUCCUUACGGAAAACCUGGAAAAGGAAACCUGAGAUACAGCAACGCACCCGAUUGGCCCACGAGGUACUGUGCACCCUAAUGGCAGAGGUCACAGCCAUUAUAAACGCACAAUCAUUCCUACCUGUGUCUUCUGACCCAGAAAACCCCUUUAUACUUUCGCCAUCAACGCUCCUUACGCAGAAGGCAGGAGCACCUCCUCCACCAGGAGACUUCUCAGACAAGGAUUUGUACACAAAGCAAUGGAGACAAGUCCAGGCUCUGGCAAAUCAGUUCUGGUCUCGCUGGAGACAAAAAUAUCUACCUUUGUUGCAACAGAGACAAAAGUGGACAGAACCCCGAAGGAAUCUUCAAGUUGGAGACUUAGUCCUGCUCAGGGACAAGCAAGUCGCUCGCAACAGCUGGCCAACGGCCAGAAUCACUGCUACAUUCCCUAUCGAGGAUGGACAUGUCAGGAAGAUCGAAUUGAAGACUACCGACCAAGGCGAUGUGAAAAUUUACCAAAGGCCAGUUACAGAAGUUAUUCUACUUCUACCCAAUGACUGAUUAAGAGACUAAGUUUUGUACUCUGCUCAUUGUGACCUUACGAAGGUCAAGCGGGGAGUGUGCUGUCUUUACGACAGUUAUUUAGUUUAUAAUAUUUUCGCUUAGUAAUUUAUUCAAUAGUAUUUUCUAGUUAGAAUUAGAAGUGUUUAAAGUGUAUUCAUUGCAUGUAAAAUAUAUCGGCAUGCGAUGACGUCACAUCCGGUUUCGCCGCGUCUUGUGGGAAAACACCGGUUUGAAAUUAGCGCGAGGGUGGGGGCUUUCCACGAGGCUCACCUGAGCACAAGCAGUUUUGCAGGCAUGAGAAAUCACAGUGAGAGCAACGCUGUAAGUUAAUAGAUAAUCGAUAUAUUGAACUAAGAUGUUAAUAGUGAUCCUGUUAGAGGUAACGUCGGUAGAUAAUGUUUAUGCUUUCGUUAGUUAAAGAGUCGCGGAUAGUUUGCAUGGAAGUGUAUUUAAAGUAGUCAAUGGAGCAGGUAAACUCUCCCUGUAUACUGCACCUUAGUGUAAUGUAGUUAUAGUCACCUUUGCAAGUAUUUACACUUGAAAUGUGAUAUUAAGGAAGGAACAAAUACUGUAUCAAUCUUGUAUUGUUUUAUCAACAGUUUUCACCAUAUGUUAAUGUGAAGAGUGAACAGUAAAUGGUUAAUCUUACUGCGAUCUGGUUCUUAUUAACUGUGGUUUAUCCGGACGUUAAAUUCGGCGUUUCGUUACACCCGAAGGAGAACGUGACAGUCUUUGAUUAGAUUGGAAUGAAGCAACAUUUCUCCAGCGGAUUGGGACUGAAAUGCAGAGGAAGGGCUGCAGUCUCCUGACGUCGCCUCUCGCAGUUUGUUAUUCCAACAGAAAUGGGAACUUGGUAAUGAAGGUUUUGACAGAGGUUUCUUCAUGGAUGUGAUCUCAAUCACUUCUGUCCUCAGAUACAUAACUUCUUACCCUCCCUGAGGUCCUCCUGAAAUCCCACAGGGCAGAGUGUGACUAUGGUAACGCACAAUAUGCUACAAAGGUCUGGUAAAACUUUCCAUGGUUAUUCUGAUGCAUACCAGCAAGCAUUUGAAACAUAUCUUCAAGAUAACAGGACAUAUCAGAAUCAAAAGAUGAGGAAAAUCGUGUUUCAUUAUAUCUCUGCAGGUGGUGAGUCUCUGGAAUUUUCUGUCCUCGCAACUGUGGAAGCCAGAUCGCUGAAAAUACUCAAUAAAAGAGGUGCUGUGCAUACUUUUUUGAAAGAUUGCAGAACUGUGGGGAAAUGGCAGAGAAGAGGAGUCACAGCCUGGGAUAGUUCAACCAUGACUGUCCUGAAUGUUGGCACCAGGUUGUCUACACCUGCUAUUGUUUUCUUGUCCGUAAAUUGCUUAAGUGAUUUGCACUUGAACAUUCGUCACAGAAAAAUCACUCCAGUGUCUGAACUCUAAUCACUUGCAUAUGCUCCAGAUGGUAUCACGCUGAGCAUCAGAAGACAAUUUUUUAAAAAUCAAAUAUGUAAUGAAAAUAAAGAAGCCUAAAUCAUAACAAAGUCAGUCAAAUAGAAUGGGAGUUUUAAGAGAAUAAUAAUGAUAGAAACUUUCAUUUUCUUGUCAGUCUGUUUGCUGGUUAUAAAAACUUUCCUGUCUUAGAUAUAUAUGUUUUUUUUUAAACGGUCAUAGUUGAAGAAGGUAUCCUUGCAUGCAUGUUCUGUCAGAAAUAACAAGCCAUAAUGCUGUUCAUUCUUGCAAUUCAUGAGUAUUUAUGCUUUAUUUAUUUAAACUUUACGACAUUCUGGUUCUGUGAAAUGUAAGGUACCACUU